GAGUUGGUUACGUUUUUCCUUAUAGCAGUCAAGAAUUUCUUGCAAAAUCGAUCAUUUUAAGAAAUUAUUCUUUUGUCUCUGUGGCUAUGCGGAGAAUAACUGAAGCCGUUUUUUUGCUGACCUCUAACCUCUGA